UCAGUUUGAAACAACUUCCGCUUUCCCCCCCACCCCCGCACUACCGUCGGCUAACGCUGCUCGGACUACAUUUAAAUCACUUCACGGCUGAAUGGCUUCAUGUCUUUUCACCUGUUUGACUGACGACUUUUUUCCUCAUCCGGCAGAUUAAGGACGCCGCGCUGAUCCGCCGCCCGCUGGACUUAGUCCAUUGUUAGCCUAGCCUAGCUUUAGCCAUGCGCUCGUGUGCUCUUGUUGUUAGCCUGCUGGACUACUUCACUAACCACGGAUACUAGUUAACCUUUUUCACUAACCACGGAUACUAGUUAACCUUUUUCACUAACCACGGAUACUAGUUAACCUUUUUCACUAACCACGGAUACUAGUUAACCUUUUUCACUAACCACGGAUACUAGUUAACCUUUUUCACUAACCACGGAUACUAGUUAACCUUUUUCACUAACCACGGAUACUAGUUAACCUUUUCCACUAACCACUGAUACUAGUUAACUUUAUUCAUUAACCGCAGCUACUAGUUGGACUAGUUGAUUAACCGCAGUUACUAGUUGGACUAACCACGGCUCCGAGCUCGCGUCGAGCCUCCCGCUCUCCUGGAAGGCCAGCGCGGGAGUUAUCUGGCGGGAGUUAGGCGACUUGUCUUCGUUGAGCUUUCAAGCUUUGAUGUUAGCUGGUUAGCUGAAAGGUGACGCCUUAUUUCCUUUGUGGCGCGCGCCCAUCGAAGCCCCGUCCGCCCGUCAGGAGGCCUCGGGGCAGUCAUCCCUUCCCGCAGCCAUGGCUUCGUCCUCCGGUAACGACGACGACCUGACCAUCCCGCGCGCCGCCAUCAACAAGAUGAUCAAGGAGACGCUGCCCAACGUGCGCGUGGCCAAUGACGCGCGCGAGCUGGUGGUCAACUGCUGCACGGAGUUCAUCCACCUCAUCUCCUCCGAGGCCAACGACAUCUGCAACAAGUCGGACAAGAAGACCAUCUCGCCGGAGCACGUCAUCAACGCUCUCGAGAGUCUGGGCUUUGCCUCCUACAUCACGGAGGUGAAGGACGUCCUGCAGGAGUGUAAGACCGUGGCCCUCAAGAGGAGGAAGGCCAGCUCCCGUCUGGAGAACCUGGGGAUACCCGAGGAGGAGCUGCUGAGGCAGCAGCAGGAGCUCUUUGCCAAGGCCCGGCAGCAGCAGGCAGAACUGGCCCAGCAGGAGUGGCUGCAGAUGCAGCAGGCGGCCCAGCAGGCCCAGAUGGCGGCGGCGUCUGCCAGCGCCGCCCAACAGGCGGGUUCCUCUCAGGACGAAGAAGACGAGGACGACAUGUGAUCCUGAACAGACCGCGCCCCCCCACUCCCGUGUUGGGACGGUGGUGUCAGAACCGACAGUAAGCAGAGUCCGCGUGGCGCCGACGUGGACGGACGGUGCUGGCAAACACGGGGGCGGGGCUGUUUGAUGGCCGCACGCUCAGACAUAGAACUUGAUUUGGAUCAAGAGACUUUUUCUUAAGUUGUUUGGACCCAAUGAGACUGGUUCUUGUCUUCUUUUCUUUGUUUUCUUUUGUGUAGGCUUUUUGUUUGUGGCAGUAUUACUGAUCCACUUCACCUUCCGGAACUGGACACGUACAACCAAAGAUGGAAGGCAGACUGGCAGCUGGCCGUAUGGGCUCCGAGUCAAGUGGGUCAGAGUGGACAAAGGUGUAAGAUAGAUGCGUCAAAACAUGGUGACUAAGGUUCUGAGCUGCUUCACUUGUCCAUUCCACAACCUUCUUUCAGCAAUAAACAACUUUACUUUUGUUUUUUUCA